CAUGCGCCCCGUCUGCGCUACGCCCUGGGGGAACGGAAACCCUUUCUAAUUCCUAGACUCGAUGCAGUCGCCAUAACAAAGCGAGAUCUGCUCGUGAUUGAUUCGAAGUUUUCAUCGAUCGAUCGAUCGAGAUGCAGGCGACGAGAAGGGCCGCUCACCGCCUUGUUUCUCAGUCACUCCUCCGUUCCGCCGCCGCUCGUACUCCACUAUCCUCCGCCGCUGCCUCCCAGAGGACCGUGCCAACCGCCGCCCUUUGCACCACUGCCUCUGAUGUCGUGACGUUACCCCGGUCGAGACGGUGGCCUUCCCCUCCUCCUGCCGUUUCCUCGAGGAUCGUCCCCGUCGGCUUUGCAGGGGCGUUGUCUUUCUCGAUGACCCUAGUCACGGUGGCGGAGGCCAAGGAGCCGCCCUCCCCAGAGCGGAUCCCCAAGGAUGUCGUCCUCUACCAGUACGAGGCGUGCCCUUUCUGCAACAAGGUCAAAGCAUAUUUGGAUUACCAUGGCAUACCAUACAAAGUUGUGGAGGUGAAUCCUAUAAGUAAGAAGGAGAUCAAGUGGUCUGAUUAUAAGAAGGUUCCUAUCCUGGUUGUGGAUGGAGAGCAGCUGGUUAAUUCGUCAGAUAUUGUAAAAAAUUUAGAUGAAAGGUUGCAUCCUGAGCACUCUGUCAUUGAUGAGGAAGAGGCCAAAUGGCUUAGGUGGGUUGAUGAUCACCUUGUCCAUAUGUUGUCACCAAAUAUAUACAGAACUACUUCAGAAGCGCUGGAAUCUUUUGACUACAUAGCUAAGCAUGGGAACUUUAGUUUUACAGAGAGAUUGACUGUGAAGUAUGCUGGAGCGGCAAUCAUGUACAUGGUGUCCAAGAAACUGAAGAAGAAAUACAACAUCACUGAUGAACGUGCUUCAUUGUAUGAAGCUGCACAAACAUGGACAGCGGCUCUCGGGGGCAGAGAUUUUCUUGGUGGUGCGAAGCCUAACUUAGCUGACCUUGCUGUUUUUGGUGUUCUGAGACCGAUACGGUACCUAAGCGCCGGCAAAGAUAUGGUGGAGAACACUAACAUUAGCGACUGGUACGGGAGAAUGGAAACUGCAGUCGGAGAAUCAUCAAGGAUAUCGAUGUAGCUUGCAAAUAGUUCUAGCUUAUUUCUUUAAGAAAUAGGUGCCCAUUUUGUUGAAAUUUUAUCCGUAGGGAUAACCAAACAAUACAACAUGAUUUUUCAUCUUUUGUCCUUGUUGAAAAGGAAUAAUCAUUUGUAUGACGUUUAUUUUACAAAAUCAUACUCGGCAAUUUCAAUUGCCUGUUCUUUCC